CAAUGCUUUACGCCAUUGUAAUGUUCUUUACAACCCAAAAGUCAUGCUUAUCUCUGGACCAGUGACUUGGCAGCAAGCCCUCAGCUCGUCAUUAUUGAAUAGCUGACGAUAAACUGAAGAUGCAAUGAAUAUAGGCAAACCUAUAUUACUGUUAUCUCAGCCCGCGCAUUGCAGGCAUGGCGUCGCUCCCCGCUGGUGCGGGGUAGCGGCGCCGCGACGCUGCCUCGCUCGCUCGCGCCACAGCUUUGUUCCUGGAAAACAAAAAUUAAUACCAACUCGUGGAGAGCGACUAGCGACCGAACUUACUAGGCCUUCGGCGGGCAGCAGAGGUUUCGAUGAAAGUUGGGCGCUUCCAGGCCAGCGCUCUGUGGCGCAGUGCGCAAGCACGCACAGCACAGCGGAGGACAUGAUGCAGUCUGCCAACCAGAUACUUUACCAACUGGAAGCAGCCGGAGCAGCGACACACGCAGCGGCACAACAGGCUGGUAGUUAUUACAAUGGCGGGAUUGCCAGCGGCUACUCCAGUUCCGCGGGCUCGCUGUCGUCCCCAUUCAGCAGCACCACCAGCAGCGGCGAUGUGGACGAGUACAGCAGCAGCCACCUGGACUUCUCCGACCUGGCUCACGAGGAGGCGGUGUCGGAUGGCAGCAAGGGCGAGGGUGCGGCGGGCGCCUACGGGAAAGCCAACUAUGAGGUACUUCGGCUGGACGCCACCGCCCGCGCCCGCCGCUUCUUCGUGCGGCGCCGCGACCUGCUGCGCGAGCACCGGCUGCAGCCGCGCGACCUGCGCCGCAUCGACCCCUCCAUCGACUUCACCAAGACCUCGCCCUCCAUCACCAUCAAGGAGGAUGUGCUGUUGCUAAACCUGGGGGGCGUCAGGGCUAUUGUGACCGCGGAGAAGGCGCUGCUGUUCGAGCCCGCCUCCGCCACCACCCGCAAGUUCCUGCAGGUGGUGGCGCCGCGGCUGCACUCGCACGGCGGGGAGCGGCGGGCUGCGCUGGUGCGGGCGGGCGGCGGGCUGGCGUCGGCGGUCAGUGUGUCGCAUGCGGACUACAUGGCGCGGUUCUACCACCAGGGCAAGUUCGACUCCUCCUCCCGCACGCCCCCCUUCGAGUUGGAGGUGCUGGAGGGCGCUCUUACGGUGGCGGUGGGGCGGCUGGACGCGGAGAUGGCGGGGGUGACGGGGCGCGUGAGUGCGCUGCUGACCAAGCUGCCGGGCGACAUCACGCCGGUGAACCUGGAGGAGCUGCGGCGGGUGAAGCAGGCGCUGGUGGAGCUUGAGGACAAGGCGGACACGCUGAGGGAGAUGCUGGAGGAGCUGAUGGACGACGAGGACGAGCUGCGGGAGCUCAACCUCAGCAGCCGCCCGCGGCGGGAGGACCGGCGGCGGCAGCGGGAGCGCAAUCGUCUGGAGCGGGAGGUGGAGCGGGCGCGGGAGAUCAAGGAGGAGCUGGAGG